UCAAAAACUGUCCGGAGUUUGAGGGAGACAAGGCAAACUUUUAACAAUAAGCAGCGCUCUAAGAAUAAGGCUGUGGCCUGCAGUGGGACUACAGCUAUGGAGGAGCAAGAACAUCAGAAGAAAUCCGAAGCUGACCGCAGUGAAUUAUGUCCUGUGACUCAAACCAGAGGUAGCCCUACUUGUGAGGAAGACUUUGUGGUGCUGGAAAGAGAUGAAACUUGGAUGUCAUCUGAUGGAGGAAACAGCAUUGUGUUUGGCGACAGGAUAAAAACAGAGAAGCCUCAAUCGUCUAUUAAAAGAAGAGUUUCUGAAGAUGUUUCUGAUGUCUACGAUGACGACAACCUUCAAGAGCCGUCCAGGAAUACGCCUCAAGAAUCGGGUAGCGAGAAGAAGAGCAGAAGAAAGUCCGACACUGUUUCGGCCGCAACGGACAGUGUGGACGCACAUGCGAGGAGUUCACCCACCGCCUGUUUUAAGAGGGAAAUGGGUCAACAUUUGGCUGAAGUGACAGGCAGCAGGUGUCAGCUAAAAGGAGGCAGUCGAGUCGGAGCUGCCCACAGUGAGACAACUGGCAGAGGAAAGGCAGAGAGGGAGCAAACCUUGAAUGACCACAGCAAGCAGCAGCACCUGUCAACACGAGACGAAUCUGAAAAUCAGGAUAAGGAAAGCCAGAGUUCAGGGAUUCUUGCGCAACAAGUCGAUCAGUCCCAUCAGAGCAAGUUUGCCGGUGUUGUUUCUAAGAGGGCUAAAGAAGGAGUCACGGCCACUCUGUGUUCAUCUACCAAGAAAGAUGACAGCCGGGCAUUCAAUUCCCAACCUCCGAAGGCCGCGACCCUUCACUCUGUAAUGCCACAACCGCAAGACAAUCCCUCGUUUUCCUUGGAACAAUGCGAUUUGAUCCCUUGUCCUGCUCUGCCAGGCUGUGAUGGAAAACAGGUCGCGAGCUUAAAGCGGGAGAGCGAGCUUGUUUGCUUCUCUGCCAUCAUCACGCCUCCACCUUUAACUCAUGUGUUGCCCAAGAAAGACACAACAACGGCAACGCAACCCGACACAAGCAUGGUCCAUUCAGCCACGGAGCCAGGCGCCACGUCUGCCCCAUCCGAUUCCAAAGAUAGUGAGUCUAUGCCGAAAGAAAAGCCCAAAGUUAAAGGUCCGCCUCCACCUGUCCCCAAGAAACCUAAAAACCCAUUUAUACGGCUCAAAACCGCGCAGUUAAUGUCUACUGAUGUGCAAAGAAGAGGCAAAGAUCAUCUGCGUUCAGAGGAGAAGGUCAAGAGGAGACAUACUUUUCAUUUUAACCAAAGCCUUCCAUGCAACACUCCAAAGAAUCAGGACAUGUGCUUGCUGUGGGAUGAAAGGGGCACUUACGCCACACCAGCUAGCAUUCAUCGACAGUCAGCCGACCUCAGCAUGUGGGACCAUCUUUCACUCGGGUACAUGGAUGAACGAUACGGAGAUAUGAUCGACUUUGACUACUGUGUGCGCAUGGAAAAACUGUCUCCAGAGGAAGAGGCGGAAAACUUGGACAUGUUACAAAGAAGAGUUUUCCAGGAGAGACGAUCCAGGUGUAAAUGGUCGCCUCCUCCUGUUACCAAAAUGCCUCCAAAUACGGAGACUCAACACACACCCGAGGUCACAUCAGACAAUGAAACUGAGAGACCAAAACCUGCUUGUUCAGGGAAAAGAGAAACCCACCCCGAGCUCCGAUCUGAGAGAACACGCGCUCCGGUUGGCGACGACAGCCACAUCAAGCAUCGUAACUUUAAAGACAUAACGGAUCAAAGAAGCCAACGAGAUGCAGGCAGUGACAGCGAGGUGGGUUCCUACAAGCCCGUGUCAGAACUUAUCAGAGAAACAAACCAGAUGCAGAGACAUCAGGGCCGAGCCAAACCUGAAGCGGCCAAAGCUCAGGUUCGUGUGGCAGAACAGAGUCCGAGUGUGAAAGUUUCCCAGAUGAAGAGCACCUUUGAUGUCCCCAAGAAAUCCAAAGAGAGACCAGCAGAAGUGCAAGCAUCUCCCAAGAAAGAUAUGUUGCGGCGAGUUGUGCGACAGAGCAAGUUCCGUCAUGUGUUCGGUCAAGCCGUGAGGAACGACCAGUGCUACGAUGACAUCCGCGUGUCCAGGGUCACAUGGGACAGCUCCUUCUGUGCCGUCAACCCCAAGUUUGUUGCCAUCAUCAUAGAGGCCAGCGGAGGAGGAGCCUUUCUCGUCCUUCCUCUACAAAAGACUGGCCGUAUAGACAAGGUCUACCCGACAGUAUGUGGUCACACGGGCCCCGUGUUGGACAUCGACUGGUGUCCUCAUAAUGACCUCGUCAUUGCUAGCGGCUCGGAAGACUGCACGGUCAUGGUGUGGCAGAUACCUGAGAAUGGACUGGAAAACCCCCUGUCAGAGCCUGUGGUCGUGUUAGAGGGCCACUCCAAAAGGGUCGGCAUCGUGUCUUGGCAUCCCACUGCUCGCAACGUUCUCCUCAGUGCAGGGUGUGACAACCAGAUCAUCAUCUGGAAUGUGGGCACGGGAGAGGCCAUGAUCAAUCUGGAGGACAUGCACCCUGAUGUUAUCUUUAGCGUCAGCUGGAGUCGCAACGGCAGCCUGCUCUGCACCGCCUGCAAGGACAAGAAGGUCCGCGUCAUCGACCCCCGUAAAAAAAAGAUCGUGGCGGAGAAGGACAAAGCUCACGAGGGAGCUCGACCAAUGAGAGCGAUCUUUUUAGCAGAUGGAAACAUUUUCACCACCGGAUUCAGCCGCAUGAGUGAGCGUCAGCUAGGACUAUGGAAAGCUGACAGCAUGGAUGAGCCGAUAUGUGUUCAAGAGAUGGACACCAGUAAUGGAGUUCUGCUGCCCUUCUACGACCCCGACACCAAUAUAGUCUACCUGUGUGGAAAGGGUGACAGCAGCAUUCGGUACUUUGAGAUCACUGAUGAGGCACCGUUUGUUCACUACCUCAACACCUUUUCCACCAAGGAGCCCCAGAGGGGAAUGGGGUACAUGCCCAAAAGAGGUCUGGAUGUCAACAAAUGUGAAAUCGCAAGGUUUUACAAAUUACAUGAGAGGAAAUGUGAACCGAUCAUCAUGACAGUCCCACGUAAGUCGGAUCUGUUCCAGGACGACCUGUACCCCGACACAGCCGGCCCCGACCCCGCCCUGGAGGCGGAGGAGUGGUUCGCCGGCAAGAACGGAGGCCCCAUCCUGAUCUCGCUCAAAGACGGCUACGUCUCCACGAAGAACCGGGACCUGAAAGUGGUCAAGACGAACGUGCUGGAGAGCAAGCCGGCCACGAAAGCAGAAAACAUCUCGGUUGUCCAGAAGCACGCGUCUCCGCAGCCGUCAGUAGUGAGUGUUAGAAAAAUUGAGGACAAACUGGAAGAGGUACUCCGAGAGUUCAAGUCACUCAGGGACCGUGUCAUCCUUCAAGACCGUCGGAUCGCCAGACUGGAAGAGCAGGUUGCCAAGGUUGCCAUGUAAGACACGGUCCCCCUUCCCAGGACCAUCCGCUGUUUAGGAGAGAAUCGACUGGACGGGGUUCAGCCACGGCCAAAUUCUCAAGAUUCGGCUUCACUAAGCUCGGCGUCGUCCCCCCGCGACGAGUCCAAGCCUACAUUCCAAGAUGAACUUUAUUUUUUCCUCAUCAGGCCUCCUGUUUCACACUUCGCCCUGAAACACACACACACACACACACACACACAGAGAAAAAGGAAAAAACUCUCGCAGCUCAUGUACACAGUUAAAGAAAGACAUUUUUUUUGUUGAAGGAAAAGUCUUAACUUUUAAAUUGUUUUCGAAUCGUGGUCAAACAUUCUUAUGUGAAGUUUGUACUUACUACUCAAACAACUGUAUGUAGCAUCAGUAUUUCCAUCGUUUCUUCUUUUUUGUUUUCUUCUUUUUUGUUGCCAAAUAUGAAUCGUGUGCGGUUUCAUGCACUGCUUUUACAUUUAUUUUUUUGUCCUGUUGUACAUUCCAGUCACAACCUGGUAGAACAAUAUAGUCAAGCUGGAUUUUUUUUUUUUUUUUUAAACAAUAGCUGUUGAAGUUUUUUUUUUUUUUCCCCUCCCACCAGUUUGCUCAUUGAUAUCCAUCAGAUUUAUGAAUGUGGAAGAAUUCCUUCUAAAACAUUUUGUUCCUGUUCUUCUGGGGCUUCAAAUUUAACAUUGGGUUUUAAAGGGGGAGGGGAGGGGAGGGAGGGGAGGGGGUUGCAUCUCUCUGGUGUAAAUGUUGUGCAAAUGUAGUGGUGCCUCUCGUCACUGUUAAGGGUCAAACCGAAGUUGCCCUCUCCAGUGCAUAUUGGUGUUGGGAAGGGACCACUCACCCAGCUUGUGUUUCACUGAACCCCUGACAAACAGUUCUGUGCACAUAAAUAAAGAUUUUACACAUGAAAACCUCCA